CCAACUACUGCCGUCACCUCUACGCCUUCCUCCUCUUCCUCCUCUGCCGUGUUUCGUCCCCGCCGUUCGGAAGAUUGGCAGCAAUACCGACCCAUUAUCGAACGCCUCUAUCUGAAUAACCAGUUGAAACUGCGGGAUGUUAAAAUAAUUAUGGAGCGAGAGCAUCGUUUUGUUGCUUCGGAAAAACAGUACAAAGACCGCCUCGCAGCAUGGCACAUCCGCAAAAACAUCAAAGCCAAAGAAGUCCAGGUCAUGAUUCGGAAACAGCAAAAACGGGCUGCUCGUGGGAAACAAACGGCUUUUCGUGUUGGGGGGCAGGAAGUCGAUUCCAAACGCAUCUCUCGUUUUCUCCGCAGAUACGGUUCUUCGUGGGAAAAUUCGCGCAAUGAUCCCAAGUCGCCGCCGCAGACCAACAGUCCAGAGCCAGAAACCCCCACCGAUAUGAGUUGCUAUACACCCGAACCAGAAGACAGAUCCCCAGCACUAUCGCCCAGGCCAGAAAUUCCAUCAAAUCCCCCCCUCAAUGCUUCGCCGCUACACCCCAAUCACUCCAUUCCAUUGCAUCAUCCUCAUCCUGCUGGAAUGCCCGAUGACCAAUCUCUCUCGACCACGCUGAGUCCGAGUUUAACGAAUGAUACGCCCAAACCACUAGACGAUCUUAAUGAGAAAGAUCCGUGGCGCGAUGUUGUCUCUUUUCAAAACCGACUUCUUGCGCUCGAUCAGACGCUGGAGAAGUCCAUGUCGGAUUUUAUCUCUCCUCCGGAUGAU